AUGCCCAGGAAAAGUGAAAUAAUAGACCAGCCGACAAAGACCGAAGAAACCAAAGGGAUUGUGCUGCGUUCCAGAAAGCGAAAAGCAAACGUUGCCAUUUGUUUGCAAGACUUGGAUGAAGUUACAGAAGUGCAGACAGCGAAACCAUACGAAAAAGAGGCUUGCUGGAAUACUGUAACCAACUGUGUAAGUCCAUACAGACUGAAUUCAACAUUGCACAAAAAUCCAGAUGUCAUGGUUACAUCAAAUUCUACUAGUUAUGUGGAGUACAGGUUCAAAAAUGUCUUGGUCACUCCAACUAGAGCUUCAUCAUUACCAGUACUCUGCUGGGGAAAUUGUGAUGAAGUAUGGAAUAUUCUUCUGAAGAAGGAACAGGCGUACUUAAGAGACAAAGAUGUUUUGCAAAAACAUCCACUCUUGCAACCCAAGAUGAGGACUAUUCUUCUAGACUGGUUAAUGGAGGUUUGUGAAGUCUACAAGCUACACAGAGAAACAUUUUAUUUAGCCCAGGACUUCUUCGAUAGGUUUAUGGCAACGCAGCAAAAUGUCAUGAAGACACGAUUGCAGCUCAUUGGUAUUUCGGCUUUAUUUAUUGCUGCGAAGCUAGAGGAAAUUUACCCGCCAAAGCUGCACCAGUUUGCCUAUGUUACUGAUGGAGCUUGCACAGAAGAAGAAAUCCUCAACAUGGAACUUGUUGUCCUGAAGGCUCUGAAGUGGAGUUUGUGCCCAAUAACCAUUGUGUCUUGGCUUAAUAUCUACAUGCAAGUUGCAUAUUUGCAGGAAAUCUAUGAAAUAUUGAUACCACAGUACCCUCAAGAAAUGUUUGUUCAAGUAAUGGAGCUAUUGGAUCUCUGUAUCUUGGAUCUCAAGUGUUUGGAGUUCACAUAUGGAGUUACAGCAGCUUCAGCUUUGUAUCACUUUUCUUCUUGUGAAUUAGUUCACAAAGUCUCAGGAUUUGAAUGGAGUGAAAUAGAAGGAUGUGUGAAAUGGAUGGUUCCAUUUGCUAUGGCCUUGAGAGAAGCGGGAGGUAUAAAACUCAAGAAUUUGAAAGGUGUCUGUCCAGAGGAUUUACACAAUAUACAGACACACUCUAACAGCUUAUCAUUACUGGAUAAAGCUCACACGAAGCAAGCACAACUUUUGGAACAGAGUAGAUGUUCACCUGUACCUUCUGGAAUUUUAACUCCACCACAAAGCAGUAAAAAACACAACUCUGGUGUGGGUCCUCAUGAACAGCAUCUGCAACCCUGAAACUUGAUGUGAUCAUGGGUGAAUUUUUCACACCUAAAGGCAUAUUCUCAAAUUCAGACAAGUUGGAUUUGAGUCACAUGACCUAACCUUGAAUGCAGAAGAUGGCUGUAAUUGCAUUCUUAUAUUGCCAGUGUCACUUAAUUCUGGAUGUUAGAGCUCUUUAACUUUGUUUUUAAUACUGACCUUUUUAAACUGGUGGACUUUGCCAAGAACUCCAACCAAAUAAGGGGUACUUUCCAAGUAAUCCUGAAUGCUGCUAAGGAGGGUGGCCCUCGGAAAAAUGAACAGUAAGGUCACAAAGUAUUGAUUUAUGAAAUUGUUUGUACUUAAAGCUGCUGUUUAUUUUAAAUAAAAAGAU